AUGUCGUCAAGUGAUGAGGCCGGUGACUGUGCUGACGUUGAGCGGGACGUUGUUAACAGAACACUUUUUGUGCGACUAUUGAGUGAAAAUUCAGUUGUCGUAGAAAAGUCUAAAGUGCCAAGUGUCAUGUGUGCUAAGAAGAAAGCUUGGGAUAUCAUAUGUUCAGAAUAUUCUAAAGCCACCGGGAAAAUAGUUACUCCGGUGCAACUCUCAAAAAUGCUGAACAACAUGAAAACAAAAAUAAAGAAAAAAACUGAUAGAACAGCAACUGGAAACAAAAAAAUUAAACUUAAAGACUGGGAGAAAGAGUUCUUACUGCUCCUUACACAAGAAGAAAAUCCUGUUUUUAAAAAGGUGCCGGGAGCUGCUUCAGUAGGAAUUUGUGAAGAAUAUGAAAAAGUGUCAAGUUCACCUUCAGUUGUUGACAGUGAUGAAGACCCCACUUUCAAUCCUAAUAGACCAACCACUUCUACAGGUAUUCGGGGACUAGGAUUAAAUAGAAUAAAUAUAAGAAUUGAUACAGAAUCGAGUGAAUCUGAUAGUGAUUCGUCUGAAAAUGAAUCACCACGGCAUCAAGGGGCUAGGCCUAACCAACAAGCCCACAGAAUGGUACCUCCCAGACCUAGGCCUAUCAAUAGGGAUGGAAACAAUAGCUCUUCAGAAGAAUCUGAGGAUGGAUCUGGUUGGGUUGAUGUCAAUGAAACCAAUGACACUGAACAUAGGCUAAAGCACUCCAUGGUAAUAAACAUCGGCAAUGACAGCUCCAGUGAAGAGGAUUCGGACAGUGACAGCAGUGACAAUGAAGAGGAAGAACGCGGCAGUAACGUGAGUGGUAUUUUCCCUCUCUCUCCGGUGGCAGAAAGAAUGUUGGGACUUCGAUGA